GUAUGAAAAAAAACCUUUUAUCAAAUUACUCCGGAAAAAAGGAAUCCCGAUUGGCCUCUCGUCCUGCCCCCCAGGCCACAGAUCCCAGCCCUCGCCGCCGCCGCCGCCGCCGCCGAGUAGGUUGUUGCGCGCUGACGGCCACGCGCGGCGGGGGAGGUCGCCGCGUGUCUCGAAGAGGAGGCCGCCGUCGCAACUCCGGCCGUCUGCAAUUACCCCGGACGGCGGGGAGCCGCCGCCACGGGCUGCGACCAGGUGUUUUUGAACUUUCAGCUCACAAGUAGCCAGUCUUAUCGUUUUGCUGCUUGUGGAAGGAAGCUCCAGGUUACUGAUGCAAAUUAGAGGAUCUGACUCCUGAUUGGACAGACAUUUGUCUUAUUUGUCUCAUGUCAUCUACUUAAAUUGGACUGAACAAUCAGCACAGAGAUAUGGCAGAACCGUGGCCACCGUAUUCAUCAUCAUCUCGUGGGAAAAAGAAGCGACCACGCUCUCCUAAUGACGACGCCACAAGUUCACAAGGCAGAACCGAGAACAGCACAAGCCUUGAGGACAACCUUAUAUUCAGUGAUACUUUGAUAGCUCUACAGUUGAUGCGCACACAGUUCCCAAAGCUAGAGAAGGUUGUAACACAGCCUUUCAUUUUACAGUCCCAAUUGUAUAGCAGCGUGAAGGACAGGACACAAGUUGAUAGAGAUUUGGAGUCACUGAAGAAAGACAGAGUACUCCGUGUAUUCAAACUCAAUACUGGGCAGGAUGACCAUGCAAUCAUGUUCAUGGAUGAUUAUCUGAAACAGAUGGAAUCUGCUGUCAGGAGGUCAAAGGGUAAAAACCAAGAUUGCAGUGAAGUGUUUGAGUGGUUUGAGAAAUAUGUUCUGCCUUCGAAAUUGGAUGUUAGCAUAGAUCACCUAGAGCUGUGUUCACUGUUAUCACAUGGGGGUGAUGCAAGAGAUAAACAUAUCACCUUAUUGAUGAAUGCUGGUCUCCUAACACGCCAACUAAUAGAUCCAAACAUGUACUGGUUUUCUAUUCCAAGUAUUGGCCCUAUCUUGAAAGGCCUAACCCAGGGGAGGAAGGAAGUUCUUUCGUUAUUGAACCGUCGGAAGUACAAGGAGAUGCUACUAUCUUCACUGGAGAAGACGAGGUUAAGAUUAUCACCUCUUGACGUGCGGUUCCACCUCCGCGAUCUGAUUGGGUCUGGUCAGAUAAAGACGGUUCAAACAGCCACUGGCUUACUUGCUCGCGUGUCAACAGAUUGAUAAAUACACCUUUGGAUAAAAAAAGAAUCAACAGAUUUCGCUUCUUCUGAUAAGAAUAGUAUUUCCUGCUCAGGCAGCAAAAGUAGCCAGAGUUUAUUUUAUUGGUUCCUGCAUUCUUUAAGGUCAAUUAGUAGGGUGUAUUUUCUUUUCUGAGAGGUAUUAUGUUCUUGAUCUGAUUAAUGUUGUAUAGGAAUCAUGAUGAAAUACUAGAAAUUUUACGUACCGAAUGAAUUGUUUCCUGUGGAAA